UAGUGCCAGGGCUGAUAGUAGAGGGGCAGGUGCUGGUAGUGCCAGGGCUGAUAGUAGAGGGGCAGGUAGUGCCAGGGCUAUUAGUAGAGGAGCAGGCAGGAUGGUCAGGUGCUGGUAGUGCCAGGGCUAAUAGUAGAGGGGCAGGUGCUUGUAGUGCCAGGGCUAAUAGUAGAGGAGCAGGCAGGGUGGUCAGGUGCUGGUAGUGCCAUUGCUAAUAGUAGAGGGGCAGGUGCAGGUAGUGCCAGGGCUAAUAGUAGAGGGGCAGGAUGGUGAGGUGCUGGUAGUGCCAGGGCUAAUAGUAGGCAGGCGACAGGACAGGAUGGUCAGGGGCUGGUAGUGCCAGGGCUAAUAGUAGAGGGGCAGGUGCUGUUAGUGCCAGGACUAAUAGUAGGGGAUCAGGCAGGAUGGUCAGGUGCUGGAAAUGCCAAGACUAAUAGAAGAGGGGCACCCAGGACAGGAUGGUCAGGGGCUGGUACUGCCAGGGCUAAUAGUAGAGGAGCAGGAUCGCUAGCCAUGUGCUGGGUAGUGCCAGGCUGUUAAGAGUCUAGGGGCACUCAGAGCCGUCUAAAAGAGGGGGAUGGGGGUCCAGCACGGUGAUAGGCAGUAGUUGAUCAGAUCUGGGUAAUGCCAGGCCUAGCUUUAGAGCAUAGUCGGUGCAGACUGUGAGCAGUGCCCGGGCUGGCAGUAGAGCCUUGUGUGGGCAGACUGGUAGAAAGGUGGUCAUGUCCUGGGCAGUAGAGGGGCUGGUAUUAGGUAGAAGCAGUGUGCCAGAGCAGCAGAUAUCGGACAGGGCCAAGUCCACAUGGUAGAUUGGCAGCAGAGGCACGUGCGGGAUGUUGCGGCACAAAGGUUGAGCGCUACAUCACAACAGUACUGAGAGAUUUGGCACCAUCUGGAGUGGGUGGUAAUAGGAGGGCAGCGGGUGCUCAUGGGUGAGACGGAGAUGCUUUAUAGAUGAUGACCUCGCUGCUUUAGUAUGGUCAUCCUGAAGCUGUCCGCCACAAGGAAUAUGGUGGGUAUAGGUAGGCGCCACCCAUACGGGCGAAGCUAGUGUGUGCAGGGGAUCGGCACUGUCUUCUAAGGCAUAGGAUCGGAUCUGCCUGCCUCAUGUCAGUGGAUGAGGAAGGGUUUAGCGGGUGGAGGUGCAGAUUUGACAGUUCUGGCCAAGGAUGCAUGUGAUUUCACUGCAUAAAGAUAAGCGGCCCCCAGAACCCACUUAUCUCCGGGGUAAAAGCUGCCACAUCAGCUUACCCUGAAACCCACAGGAUAGUGCUCCUCAGCUGUAAGCCACCCCUCCCCAUGUAGUGUCAUGGUCUGAUGCUGAGGAGCAAGUGAGUCCCUUCCAGUUAUCUGCUCGAAAUGACAAGCCUGCAGCCUGUUCAGAUGUAGCAGAGUCGGGCAGUGCAACAAGUGUGCGCAGUGCUGCACUGGAAGUGAUUGAGACUUUGUAACCUGGUAGAGAUAAGCGGCGGUCGAUACCGCAGGGUAUCAGACGAAGAAUGAACUAGUUGGCGGCGCGCUCUCUGGGACUUCCUCUAGUUGGAUUCUGCAGCACUAGAAGUCUCCAUCCUGGAUUGUCAUGGAAUAAGGAGGUUCAUCUGUGGGAUGGUAGCCAGGACACCAUGGAGUAGCUUCUCGUUUUUGCCAAAACAUUUUUAGCAAUUGCAUUUUUAACACUUUCCAUCCUAUGUAACAUCCCCAAGACGAUCUCCUCUUGACCAGUAGUUUAGUUUCUUUAUUCGAGACCCUUCUCACAUUCAUCUUUUUUUUUUUUUCCCUUCCCCUGGAUAAUGUGCAACUGAAAAGCGGCUGGUAGCGUGACGGGGAUGUAUGCCACCGAGUGCCAGGCUGAAGUGACGCCUUCACACAGCAAUGGCAAUCGCCAGUUCCAUUACUCGCUGGCGGAUCACACCAACCAGGCUUUCCAGAUCAUGAAUGAGCUGAGGCUGGGGAACCAGCUGUGCGACGUGACGCUGAGGGUCAAGUACCAUGAGGUCCAGGCGGAUUUUGUGGCCCAUAAAGUCGUCUUGGCCUCAAGCAGCCCCGUCUUCAGGGCCAUGUUUACCAACGGGCUCAGGGAGUGCGGCAUGGAGACGGUGACCAUCGAAGGCAUCCACCCCAAGGUCAUGGAGAGACUCCUGGAGUUUGCCUACACCGCUAGCAUCUCGGUGGGCGAAAAGUGCGUUAUCCACGUGAUGAACGGGGCGGUCAUGUAUCAGAUGGACAGUGUGGUCAAGGCCUGCUGUGACUUCCUCAUCCAGCAGCUGGACCCAAGCAACGCCAUUGGGAUCGCCAGUUUUGCGGAGCAGAUCGGCUGUGAGGAGCUCCACCAGAAGGCCCGGGAAUAUAUCUACAUGCACUUUGGAGAGGUGUCCAAGCAGGAGGAGUUCUUCAACCUCUCCCGCUGUCAGCUGGUCAACCUCAUCAGCCGGGAUGACCUGAACGUGCGCUGUGAAUCUGAGGUCUUCCACGCCUGCAUAAACUGGGUCAAGUAUGACUGUGAGAACCGGCGACCCUACAUUCAGGCGUUGUUGCGGGCGGUGCGCUGCCAUUCACUGACCCCCAACUUCCUCAAGCUCCAGCUCCAGCGCUGUGAGAUCCUGCGUGGAGACACCCGUUGUCAGGACUACUUGUCUCAGAUCUUCCAGGAUCUCACUCUCCACAAGCUCACCAGACCUCAGGGGAGGAUUCCUAAUGUUCCUCAGUUCAUCUACGUGGCCGGAGGCUACUUCCGACAGUCCCUCAAUUUUCUGGAGGCUUACAACCCAAUGGAAGGAGAGUGGCUUAGUUUGGCGCCGUUGGAGGUGCCGCGAAGUGGCCUCGCCGGUUGUGUACUUGGGGGUCUCUUCUACGCAGUAGGGGGCCGUAACAACGCACCUGACUGCAAUGAGGAUUCCAACGCCAUGGAUUGCUACAAUCCAAUGAACAACCAGUGGUCACCCUGCGCUUCUAUGAGCGUUCCUAGGAAUCGGGUUGGAGCAGGCGUCAUAGAUGGACAGAUCUACGCAGUCGGAGGAUCUCAUGGGUGUCUUCAUCACAACAGUGUGGAAAGGUAUGACCCAGAGAAAGAUGAAUGGCAGAUCGUAGCUCCAAUGAGAACAAGGCGGAUCGGCGUCGGCGUAGCUGUACUGAACCGGCUCCUCUAUGCAGUAGGUGGCUUUGAUGGGACGAACCGACUAAACUCAGCGGAGUGUUAUUACCCAGAGACCGAUGAAUGGCGGAGCAUUGCGUCCAUGAAUGUUGUGCGGAGCGGCGCUGGUGCCUGUGAAGUGGAUACAAGUGUCUAUGCUAUGGGAGGUUACGAUGGGAGAGACCAGCUGAACAGUGUGGAGAAGUAUGAUGUGGAAAGAGACUCCUGGAGCUUUGUGGCACCUAUGAAACACCGGAGAAGCGCGCUGGGGGUCACUGUCCACCAGGGAAAGAUCUAUGUGCUAGGUGGAUAUGAUGGGAACACGUUUUUGGACAGUGUGGAGUGUUAUGACCCGGCCCAGGAUACAUGGACAGAGGUGACCCACAUGAUGUCAGGACGUAGCGGUGUAGGUGUGGCAAUCACUAUGGAGCCUUGCCGCAAAACUCAGUGUGGAAGUAUCUUUCCAGAGAUACAAAAAGAUGAGAAUCAAGACAGACAGAAAGGCAACUGCAUCUUCUCCUCGAAAUGCAAAUAAAAUCUGAGCAACUAACCUGUUUUUUAGAGUGUCCCGCCGCGUGUUGAUACGUGGAUGCAGUGACGUCCACCCGUGUAUUAAAUCAUUGCCCGGCAAUUUAAAGAGGGGAAAAAAAUCCUUUUUUUUUAUUGAUCCUGAUCAACUAGAAAACGAAAGAAAAAAAUCUCAACCUUUUUAUUUUUUAAGCACCCUCCGCUGUCACCGAGGGGAGCCAGUGCCGCGCUUUCCCGACCGCACGGUGCGGACUGAGAGUUGUGGGUUUUUGGAAAAUUUUGAUGGAUAGACACUUUAUAAAAAAUGUUCAGUGUUAAAGAAAAUAAAUUAACAAUUUUAAUAGUUGUUUUUCUGGGUAGGGGUCCAAGUGGUGUGUGGCCUGCAUCACAGGAUCCCAGGUGCCAUGGAGUGGAGGGGAAAAAUCACCAGUUUUUUUUGGCAAUAGGGGAUGCAACAUCUUUAUGCCACCUGCACACUUUGCGGAAUGCAUGCGCUUUUUCCGCGUAGAUUCCAGUGCAGAAAGACCGCAGCGUAGUACAUCACCAACAAAGUGUGUGUGGGAACACUAAUCUCAUGUACACGUUGCAGAUUUUUUCAGUGCGGAAAUUGACCUGAAUUGCGGAUUUCAAAAUCUGCAGCAUGUCAAUUUUGUUUGUGGUUUUAGCUGCGCAUUUCAGCCUUUUCAAUGGAAGGGUGAGAUCUGCGAAUCUGCGACAAAAACCGCUGUUAGACAUUGCGGAUAUGCUGUAGAAACGCACAUAAAUCCGCACUGAGGAGAAGGGAGGGAUCUGCCAGGUGAGUGAUGGUCACUUCUUUAUAACAGGCGUUGAGCCCUUAUGUGUGUUUUUUUUUUCCCCCAGUUUUUUUUUUUACAGCAAAAAUUAUUAUAACUAUUUUUAAUUAUAGUAAAAUAUUUACCUUUUUUGUGAUGAGAACCCUGAAUUUUUUUUAAGGUAGAUACUAGGGAUGAGCGAACUGCAUAAUAGAAGUCUAUGGCCAGCAUAAUGGAUCUGUCCGAGUUUGGUUAUGCUGGAGUCCUCUCCUGCAUAACGUAAACCGGACGGAUUCGUUAUGCUGGCCAUAGACUUCUAUUAUGACUGAAUGAGGCAUUGCGUGAUGCAUUCCGUCAUAGAAUUGCAUUAUGGUCCGUGGUAACGGAAUCCAUAGCGCAAUUGAGCAAAUACACCAACUCUAACGCAAACUUCAAAAUAUGAAGUUUGCUCAUCCCUAGUAGAUACUAUUAUUUAAAGCUCGUUAUUUUCUUCACCAGUACCUUAUCCGGCAGGCUGUUGGGUCACCGGAUAGUAAACUAUGAGAUCUGGUGGGGAUCAGGCUGCUUUCCGGCAGGAGUACCGGGUUACGGCCAGAUAAAGAAUGCUGCAUGCAGUAGUUUUUUCCAAGCCUAAACCUGUCGCUCACGGCCGGACCCCAUUAUGGUCUACAAGGUCCGGCAGUGAAUGGUGGUAUCCGGCAAUGUCCGAUCUGGUGAACUCCAGCAGUCUGUUCUCUGCUGGAACAGCUUGCCGGAUCAGGUUACCAAUGAUGUGAACGUAGCCUAUUUUUUCCAGAUGCUGAGUAAAAAUGUUUUUUUUUUUUGUUAGAUUCUAAGUAAUAAAUAAAAUCAAUUGAGAUAAUGCAAAAAUGUCAACAUCUUCCCGUCUUUAUGUAGCAGGUGACGGCGUCACGGCGCUACAACUGUCAUACAAAAUUGAGUUUUGGAUAAAUUUAAUUUUAUAGAUUUCAACUAUAGUUAAUUUUUAUUUACUCAUGUGCUAGAUAUAACUCUUGUCUUUCUAAAUUACAUUUGGCAUCAGUUUUUUAAACUAACUUUUUGCAUAACAGUUGCACUUUAAAAACACCGACCCCCCAAAAAUUUAGAUUUUGUUUUCCUUUUUAUUUAUUUUUUUAUUUUUGCAUUUUUUUGCUCGUUCAACUUUGAAGUAUUCAUGUUCGAUAUUUAGACUAUGUGUGUAUAUAAUGUGGUAUUUAAUAUUUCUGUGUCCCUCUGGAGCCAGAGGUUUUUCCUUUGCAGCUUCUAAGCACAAAUGUAAUAAGUUUUUAGAAUCUGUUUAUAUUUUGGGUGAAUUUUUUUUUUUUAUUGCCUCAUACAUAUGAAAUGAUGUCUGAGCCUUCAAACAGAACUUUGUCAGUAGGUGUACGUGUCAGCAGGUCCCCAGCUCUGCUUUAUUCGUCCUGUGUUACAGGGUGUUACGCCCGGUAAAUAAAGUAUAAAAAUGUAAGAGUCCAGGGGUCUUACUGACAUGUAAAACCACGGUGGGCACUUUCUUGCAAGGUUUAUUGAUCUCUAGUUAUAGAUCAGCCUUUACUUUCACUCAAGAUGUGCGAAAAUUGUAGACUCCAUUUUGAAAUUCUUUCCCGUUUUUAACCUCAUAUGUACAUUGUACUUUGGCUGACAACAUGGAACAUGGCGUGAUGAUGUCCACACCGACCCAAGGACCCAUCUUGAUCUUCUCCAAGACACUGACCUACAGAGCCUCCUCCUGGAUGAAACCAUUGUUUAUCUUGAUCGUGAUUCUUGCCUCGAUCCUAAGAUUUGUGAAGGGAGGGUUCUCUAGUUGGUCAGACAUCUUCAGUCGCUCACAGACACACUUCUUUCGUAUAUACCAAGUCUUUCGUAUAUAUACUAAGACUUAACUCCUUGCCAAGAGUUUAUUUUUUAUUUUUUUCAUAACCCAGUGGAUGUAUUUUUUUUUUUUUAAUCAAGACAUCCACACCGACCCAAGGACCCAUCUUGAUCUUUUCCCAAGACAUUGACCUAAAGAGCUUCCUCUGAGUCCAUGGAUGAAAACGUUGACCAUCUUGAUCGUGAUUCUUGCCUCGAUCCUACGAUUUGUAGAGGGGGAGGUUUCUCUAGUCUGUCAGACAUCUUCAGUCGAUCACAGACGCACAUCUCUUAUCUUUCGUAUAUACCAAGACUUAACUUCUUGCCAAGAGUUUCUAUUUUAUUUUUUUGAUAACCUAAUGGAUGGAUUUUUUCAAAAUCUUUUAAAAUGUUUAAAAAUGUUAAGCUCUUUAUCCAACAUCGUCAGCACUCGGCGACCUCUGGUUGAUUGUGACUGGCAACCUCAUGGCUGGCCGAUACGGGAGGUAAGGUAGCAACUGUUCUCUAUUGGAAUUCCUUUUUUGAUGUCUUGCCAAGGGCCGUAAGCCCUACGAGUUUAUACAUACGUGUAUCUAAUGUACAUACUGAAGAUGUAUAGGACUGGUUUUCACACAUUCAGUUUUUUUGGGGCACAGUGCUGCUUUUAUUAUACCAUGUACAUAGAGUGCAGACAGCGGCUCCGCCUGUGAUACGUGUGUAUUGUACAGCUCUGUUUUAUUGGCAAUGUUUAACUGUAAUUUAUCACGGUUUUCAAUAUAAAUUUGUCAUUUCA